AUGCACUCUGAAAAAAAGAAACUCUAGCAAUGCACACCAAACUGAGCAUGUGCAGAGUGACUCCACACGAUAUGUCUUAUCAGGAGAAAAGAGGGGGCACUGGAAGAAGGGGAGGAUCAGAGAAAUCAGGAUCAAAGAGCCUUUUUACUGGUUUAUUAACCCUUUAGAUUCCACAGUGAGUAUAACAAGCAUGCUUUACUGCCAGGGGCGGACUGACAACUCAUGGGGCCCCUGGACAAUAGGGGAUCAUGGGGCCCCUGUGUCCUUGUCCAAAAAAAAAAAGCCUAU